AUGUCUCGAUUAAUCCAACGCUCCCGCCGCCCCACGGCCCCCGAUUCCGACGACGACAUCCCCUCCGUCGCUCCCGUCCGCAUGCCACGCUAUGAACCGCCCUACUACCCCCUUAACGACAUCUCCAAACAACAACUGGCCGACCUGGCCCGUCAAGGCUCCGACCCCACGGCCCGCCGCCUCCUCGAAAAACACCUCGCCCGCUCGACCGCCGAGCUGACCCAAUCUGUUGGCGCCAUCAACGAGGUCCUGUCAGCCCGCAAACGCCAUCUUGGCGAGCUAGCUAAGAAGCGGCUGGCGCAGGGGGAGGAGGAGAAGGAUGAGCAGGAGCUGGCGCUGGAGGAGUAUAUUACUAAAUUGGAUGGGCUAAUUGCGGAGCUGACCGACCAGGCGGAGGCUGCGCUGAGGCAAGUGAUUGAUUAUCGAGCGGAGAUUGAGGAUAGUAGGGUGGUUUUGGAGAGGGUAUUGGCUGGGUUGGGGGAGCAAGAGGUUAGGGUUAGGGCGAGACAGGCAGAGAAAGAGAAGCAGAGAGGAGAGAAGAGAGUUAAGAGGGAGGGGGGGGAGCAGAGGAGGAGACAGAGGGGGCCUGGCGGGGGUGAUGAUGAGGGGGAAGAAGAGGCUGAGGGAGAGGAAGAGGAGGAGGAGGAGGAGGAGGAGGAGGAGGAGGAGGAGGAGAUACAGGCUGAGAAAGAGCAGCUUGAGCCUCUGCCGGGAGUCAAGGAGUUGCUUGAGGCUGCCCGAAAGGCGAAGAUGGAGGAGUACGAGUCGCAGAGUGCGUACCAGAAGUAUGCCAUACACAACGACUACAUUGAGUUUAAGCGGACGUGGCAUGAGGCGAUGCAUGAGGAUGACCAGGUCCCGUUGCCGGAUCCGACUACUUGGUUUGAUGAGCACGGUCGUCCGGUCAAGGAUGCUGCAGUCGGAGAUGAGGAUCUCAUUAUCGAGAGGGAGAUCAUCGAUCUUAAGUGUCCGCUGUCCUUACAGAUUAUGAAGGAUCCUUAUAGCAAUCAUAAGUGCAAACAUACUUUUGAGAAGUCGGCUAUUAUGGAGUUUAUAAGGAGUAAUGGCGGCCGGGCAAAAUGUCCGGUUUGCUCCAAGGAAUUACGUAUCGCAGACCUCUAUCCUGACGAGGUCAUGAAGAGAAAGGUCCAGCGUGCAGAACAGCGGGCUCGCAGAGGCAAAGAGCCGGCCACUUCUGAUGUUGAAGAUGACGAGGCCGAGGAUGCUAGUCUAAUCGUCGGCCGGUCUGUUAACGUCAAGAAGGAGAGGAGUGGGCGGCGUCCGCUGGAAGAUAUUGAGGUUGACGACUAG